AUGCCUCCCAAAAGACAGCCCAUGCACCCCACAGAUAGACGAAUUCCCUACAAUUGUUUAUAUCAAACACCACCAGAAGUGCGGCCUUUGACGCGUCUCAACGCGUCCGGCAACACUAUGGCGCGUAAAGGCCCUGGUACAGAUGGCCCUCUACAGACAGCCCUACUAGAAUCCACGUCCGCAGCCACGACAAGAGCUUCUGAAGAACAGAAGAUCUUCAGCCCUAUAGCUGCAUUCCUCAAUAAACACCGCAGCCAAACCACCGGCCUGGCCCCUCACCUACUGAGAGCCCUCACCGCUCUAAGUGAUGACCUCGCCUUAGUAGCCCAACGACAUUUUAGCGCCUAUAUCAGCGGUAUCUCGACGACCUCCAUUCUACCUGCCCUGUCCCCUUCCCCUCCCCCUACUCCAAAUUCCUUACCCCCUUCACCCCCUCCCUCACGUCCCCUCUCAGGUCUUGAACAGUCGACUUAUGCGACUAUUACCCAAUAUGCCCCGGUCAAAUUAACUCCUACUACUCACUCCAAAGCCCAUAUUAAAAAGCCUAUGCCUCUGGUGAAACAACCCCUUCCUGACAACCAGCUCUUUGUACGCCUCCCAGCUGACCAUGCAGCUAGAAAAAUGGAAGCCUACGCUAUCUACUCUAGCCUACAGUCUCAACUAAACUCAAACAGUUUAGCACUAAAAGAAGUUCAAGCCACAAAGACUGGUUUUGCACUAUGUCCCUCAUCUCCAGAAGCCCUCCUAACCCUUGAGGCCCAAAAAGAGAUUAUCUCUGCAUUCUUUGUGAAUUGCCAGAUAGAACGCAGCUCCCAAUGGGUCUCUCAAUACUCUCUAAUCCCUGUCAAUCCUACACUACUAUCCUCAGAAAUCAGUAAAACUACAGGACUCAAGCCUAUAUCUAUUAGCGAGACCACUACAAGUGCCGCCAACCCUGAUACUCUUUCCUCAAGCUGCUACGCCUUUUUAGCACUAUUACCAAUGCUUGUCACCUCUCUAAGAGAACAACAGUUAUCCAAUGCACACGAUACUAGAAAUGGCAUAAUGCACGAUCCUGUGCCCGCCCCUCUCAAUGCUGGCUCUCCCUGGAGCCUCAUCAGUGCCCUCCCAGAUGCAUACACUGCCAUAGACUACAUCCUGCUGAUUUCCCAGAAUGCCUCCUGCGCCCUAAAGGCAACUCUAAACAUACUAAAGCUCAACAAGCAGAGAUCCGGAAAUCCUGUGCUAUUAACCUUGCAAAAGCUCGAACUGAAGGAGGAUGUAGCACUCAGCUCUCUAUUGGCACACAAGAAACACCUAUGGCACUAG